AUGUACCUUCAAGAGGUUGUUUUAAAGCCAUCAACGCUUCCAGAUAUACUUGAAGGCUCUAAAAAGCUUCAAAAUGAAUUAUUUCAUCAGGAAUUGCCACAGUUUGAGUUAAAUUUGGAUCAGAUCCGCCAGUCUUUGGAGGAUUCUGCAGCAAGUUUAGGUACCAGAGAUGGUGACACAAAAGCACAUUAUUUGCUUGCUGGAAGUGGAAUGAACGCAAAGGAAACGUUGCAAGUCUUGAUGUCGAUUCAAUUGCUUCCUUUUUAUGAAUCUACUCCAUUGAUAGACACAGAUAUUGAUGGUUAUUUGAGGUAUAAGAAAGAACGGAAUAUUUUGUUGGCAAUAGAAGAUAUGAUUAAACAAAGUGAACGGGAUUUUGAUGCGUUUGUUGCACGGAAUAUCAAUAAUAAAUGGGAAAGAAAGAAGACAAGUAUGUUAAAUGAUGUUCAGAAGUCGAAGGAGGUAUUGAAUAUGGGAUAUUCAGAACCAGAAAAAGAAGCACCAAAGGAUGUAUCAGAGUUUCGGACCGAAAUGUCUUUUUCGACAUCGGCUUUGAAGAAUUCUAAGAUAGGAUGCACUGCAUUUAAGGAUUUUGACGAUGUGGAAUCUAAAGUGCAACAAGUCUCUAGUAUUUCACCGAUUCAGCAAAAAUAUGCAGAGGUGGUGGUUUUGUUGAAUGAGUUUAGAUUAAGGAAAAAAGGAUUUGGAAUUUUUAAUGCGUUUGGUGAUGUAGCUCGGUUGUUUCGUGGUGAUGUUCGGUUUCAACAGCUUUCUGAUUCAUGGAAACUGCUUUCAAAAAUUGUGGAGGAAAAUGAUUAUUUAAACGAUCAUGCAUCUGCUAAAGUUACUAAUGAAAGGCAAUUUGUUUCAUAUAUUGAUGAUUUUUCUCUUAAAUCUACAAUGUUUAAAAAAAUUAUUUCUGGAGCAAAAUCGUUUCUUGAAGUACAAUUUUUUUCUCUUAUUGAAAAAGAAAUUUCGAAACAUCCUCAUGAUGCAAAAUUAGGUGGUGUUCCUUCUGUUGAAAAUAAAAUUCGAGCAUAUUUAAAUCUAAAGUUCAUGAAAAACGGUAAAUGGACAAAAAAGAAUCUUGAGAUUGUAAACAAUAUACCCAUUUGGGCCUUUUUAUUUUAUUUUAUUAGAUGUGGAUAUUUAGAAGAAGCAGUACAAUAUACUUUGAAGCAUGAAAAUUUAUUUCAAAAGAUUGAAAAAACGUUUCCAAUAUAUAUAAAGGCAUAUUCUAUGUCUCCUAAUGGGAAACUUCCUCGUCAACUUAAUGAUAGGUUACAUGCUGAAUAUAAUCAGCGUAUACGUUUUGUAACAGAAACUUCUGAUCCUUAUAAGUAUGUUAUUUAUAAAAUAAUUGGCAGGUGUGAACUAUCUAAGCGGUCACUGCCUGAGGUUUUGCCUCUUGCUGAAGAUUAUAUGUGGCUUCAAUUAAGUCUUGCUCGUAGUAUACAAGAUUCUGGUGAAUCGAUUCAUGAAAGAUAUACUUUAGAGGAUGUACAAAAAACUCUUUUGAGUUUUGGUGCUAAACAUUUUAAUCCUAAAGGAGCUAAUCCAAUUGUAUAUUUUCAGUUACUUUUAUUAAGUGGACAGUUUGAACGAGCUGUGCAUUAUUUGUAUUCUUAUCACCCUGUUGAUGCCGUUCAUUUUGCAAUAGCUCUUGCGUAUUAUGGGCUACUGCAUAUACCUACGAUUGACAAUUGUUUAGAAACAGAACUGUUAUCUAUUAAUGAUAAAAAUAUUGCAUGUUUGAAUUUUUCGAGGCUCCUAUGUGUAUAUGCAAAGACGUUUCAAAAAUCUGAUCCUAAAAUUGCGAUUGAUUAUCUUUGUCUUAUAUGUUUAAAUAGUGACUUGUCCUCUCCAAUUGGAAAUAUUCAAAAAAAUAUUUGUUAUGAAGCAAUAAAAGAACUCGUUUUAAAUACACGUGAAUUUGCUCAAUUACUUGGUGAUGUAAGAGCAGAUGGGACAAGAGAGCCUGGAAUUAUUGAAAAAAAGCUUGAAUUAAUACAGUUACAAAGUGAGAGUGAAUAUCUAAAAACGAUUACUGAACAAGCUGCGUUACAAGCUGAUGAUGAUGGGCGUACUGCUGAUGCUAUACUUCUGUAUCAUUUAUCUGAAGAUUUUGACACUGUAGUUUCUAUUAUUAAUAAAGUUCUUGGUGAAGCUUUAAGUGGUUCUGUUUUUAAUAAUUAUGUUGAAUCUGGCGAUACUUCUUUGAAGACUAAUUUAUCUUUAACAGCUAUGGAAGAUCCAAAGCAAUUAGCACAAAAUAUGAUGUCUGUAUAUUUUAAUAAUGUCAGGAUAUAUUCUAAGAUUAGUUCUAUAAAUAGAGAUGCUUGUAAAGCUCUUUUGAAAAUGACGGAUGCCCGUUCUGCAUAUAUGGAGGGAAAAUGGGAGCAAUGUUUGAUGGUUAUUGAGCAGCUUAAUAUUAUUCCUCUUGAUUGUAACGCUGAUAUUGGCGCUAUUAAGAAACAAGCGCAAGAUUUUACAUCUCUUCAUGAAAGUAUUGCACGGAAUGUUGCAGGUUUGCUCGUUAUGAGUAUGGAAUCUCUUUAUAAAUUGAACAAUAAACUCAAAUUAAGUCCUUUUUCUGAUUCAUCUCGUAAUGCUAAAUUGAUUGAAUUACGGAAACGUGCAAAAUCUGUUAUGAUUUAUGCUGGUAUGAUUCAAUACAGAAUGUCUUCCGAGAUUUAUUCACAUAUUUCUCGUCUUGAUGUAAUGUUUUAA